AUGGUUCUCGCCGUCGACCUUCUCAACCCGAGCCCGGCUUCGGAGGCCCGCAAGCACAAGCUCAAGACCCUUGUGCCCGGUCCCCGGUCCUUCUUCAUGGACGUCAAGUGCCCCGGUUGCUUCACUAUCACCACCGUCUUCUCGCACGCCCAGACCGUUGUCAUCUGCCAGGGUUGCACGACCGUUCUCUGCCAGCCGACUGGUGGAAAGGCCAGACUCACCGAGGGCUGCUCCUUCCGGAGAAAGUAG